UUUCCCUUAAUCUUAUCCAGUCUAGCCCAUCGUCACCUACCUCUUGCUGGCAUCCCCUUCCGCCAUGGAUGAGCUCAAUCUUCCCAUCUCUAAUCAAACGUGAGCCAUCUGUUCCCCUGCCUCGUCAAGUGCGAGAUCCCAUCCACAUCACCCAUCUCCCAUCCUUCCUUGUGUUUUGUUCCUCAUCUGCUGCAUCAUGGAGCGAUGUGAGGCGGACCGGGCACCGACGCACGGGGCCGAGCAGCGAGGCUUUACAGGGGAGCCGGAGCUGCAACGGGGAAGGCUCGAUGCUGCAAUCAUCAAACGGAGAUGCCGGAACCAGCCAUUCCGCAAGAUACAAUGAUGGCGUGAAAAGCUACAAUGGUUGUCGGAUUUUGCUGGAAUCGGCCAUGCGCAUAGCUAUGCCGCCGCCGAAAGCUGCAUACGUUGUCGGAGAUGCUGGAACCAGUGUUAUGCGGAGCUGCAACAGAUUGUGGGGAACCUACUACCCAAAGAAACAGGCCUAGAGACUCAACUGAUGACAUUCUUUUAGUGGACUUCAAACCAUAGGAAUCAACUAG